AUGCAUGUGUUCCGGCCUGAGCGCACCAACAUGCGAGAAGCUUUGAUCGAGUUGGCGCAUAUUGGAAUCGAUCUUAGGCAGGGCUUUGACAUCGGGCGGGAGGAGGUUGUGGAGGACUUGGGGUGCACCAGCGGGUUCCUCCGGGCGGUGCAGCUGUGCACGAGGGUUCGGAGCGGCGGACUGGCGUGGUUGGGUGUUCCCUGCAGCUCCUUCACGUUUCUGGCCAGCUCCUACCACCAGAGGACGAUGGACAACCCCAUGGGCCGGGUCGACCGGCCGGGGGUGCGGCUUGGGAACCUGCUGCUCGCUCGGUCGAUGCUGCUCAUCCUGGUGUGCAUCGCCCGGUCGGUGUACUUCUUCAUCGAGCAGCCGAGGCCCUGGAUUCACGCCCUGCACAAACCGCUUGGCAAGGGCAUCAGGGAGCUGAUCAGGCAGCGCAAAAGCUUCGCGAAGAAGGAGAUGGUGAAAGUCAGCAUGACAAAGUCGAAGGAUGGCACAACGAGUGGUGGCAAGAACUUGAAGGAGAGCGGUGCGUAUCCCGCAUCUUUCGGGGAGCGGGUGGCGGAGCUCCACACGGACUUCAUGGAGCCGGGCAUCGAUUGGGACUGUGCCGAGCUAGAGCCGCUCCUGGAGAGGAUUCAGCAGGCGGUGAGCUGUGGCGAAUUCAGGGCGGACCCGGCGAUCCCGGUGCAGAUCAGGCCCUCCAAGCACAUCUUUGAAGUGGCAAAGGAGGUGUACAGGCGUGCUGAAGUGGAGCUAGGGAUCCGCUGUUAG